AUGAAUGACGUUAUCGUAUCAAUGAAUCACGGAGCGGUACUGCACAGCCGACUACCGAAUGCUACCGAGCCUUUUUAUCUUGACAAAGCGACUCAUCAAGGAAUUUACUGCGAACGAAAAAUGUGGGAUCGAGUGCAACAGUUUUUGUUCCAGGAAUUCAAUGUUAUAGCGAAGUGGAAUGACACUGCAGUAUGCACAAGUCGUUCCUUUGUUGAUUUUGAUUUUUAA